AGGCAUCUUGUAUCAAAUCUUGCAUAAGAAACGACGAAAGUUUUGAACGUUUAUGUGGGCACAUGGACUUCGUUCUAUAACCAGGUGGUGCGUGUGAAGAAUACGGGCUUUGUUUUCAGUGGAAAAGCGGAUUUAUCUUAUAAAACUUGAAAGAUGCAUUCCGUAGGCGUCGUGAUACAGUUGUUAGGAAUGUUAUACUCAUCGCAAAGUCAGGAGGAAGACCCAUUGUUUUCAUCCUCCCCUUACACGUCCUCAGGGGCACCCAGUGUGUGCUCCACCCUACAGUACAGAACACUGGCCCCCUCACUACAAAACGAACAUCAAUGUAACCUAUUAGAGAGGUUAAAUGAGGAGUUUGGGGCCUCUAAAACCCAACACGACACUCUCCUAAACGAGGUCAUAACAAAACUGGAAGUGUUGAGCAACAAGGUCGAACAACAAACGCGCCGGCAGAUUGAGUCCCUAGAAGUGGAAAAAUAUCAAAAGAUGGCACCAAGCUUCCCCAACAUACCAUUAGUUCGAGAUUGCAACGAGUUGAAAAUGAACGGGUUCAAUGCUUCUGGGGUGUACCCUAUCAGAUUCUCCAACGGAAAGAUCCUGAACAUAUGGUGUGACAUGGAAACCGACCGAGGAGGGUGGACGGUCAUUCAGCGACGCCAGGACGGAAGUGUGAAUUUCACCCGGAACUGGGAUGCCUAUGCAUUCGGGUUCGGAAAUCCAAAUACGGAGUAUUGGUUAGGAAACGAAUAUAUUCACUUGAUGACACGCGCUAACAAUUUUACCUUGCGAAUUGACCUCUGGGAUUGGGAAGGGGAUGAGGCAUACGCGACGUAUGACCAUUUUGCGUUAUCCAAUGAGGCGGACGGUUACAGACUGAUCGUUUCCGGUUAUUCUGGGACGUCCGGUGAUUCUUUCUUAAGCUACCACCAGAACAUGAAAUUCAGUACAUAUGAUAAAGACUACGAUAUGUGGUUCUCGUCUUGCGCGAGAAAGGACGAGUCUGGAUGGUGGUACCGGGACUGUGGCUACAGUGCGCUUAAUGGCCGAUAUGUACAGGAUGGGACUAUACCCAUCACUCAAGACGGACUGGUGAAAGGAAUCAUUUGGUAUCACUGGAAAAGACGGUAUAGCUAUUCAUUAAAACGGGUAGAAAUGAAGAUUAAGCCCUCACUUGCCAUCAAAGUGGAAAUUGAACAGCUUGCAGCAUUGGAGGCAAUUCCGCCGACUCUUCCAAGCAACACAACAAACGAGCCGGAUUCUAAUUGAUUCUCUCUAUGGAAACCUCGUGACGGUUAAAUGAAAAUAGUGUUUGUGUUUUAUUUGUUAAAAAUGCAAACUAAUAGAGUUUUAUUCCUUGGUCCAUGACGCUUUUGUAUCGAUGGCAUGAAAAUCAGAAUAGGUGUUGUAGAUUUUCUACUGGUUUUAAUUUUAAAAUGUGUACAGUACCUUGACG